AUGUGUCAUAAGACGAACGUCAAACCGAAUGUUGACACACAACAGCGGUGGAACAAAGGAGCCAAAACGCAGAAGCAGAGAGCAGACAUGAAUGGCAAAGCGUUCUCCUUCUACAAGAGGCGCGUCGACCAUGUGCGGCUUAUUCCGGCAACAAAACACUUCACCGCUUUUACCCUAUGCCUAAAAUCCUGCAAAAGCCUAACGGAGCAGACAUUGGUUGUAGCGGUUCCCAACUCAGAAGACAGCGCCGCCCGAUUUCUCGUGACUGCUUCUCAAGACAAAUUGUACAUUAAAUAUAAAAACCAAUAUAAACAAUUCAGUUUCGCCGACUCUAAAACGUGGGUCGACAUCUGUGUGACAUUUAAUUUUCGAACCGGAAAGUUUGUGUUGUUGCUGGAUGGAAAGGAACAUGAGAUUUUACUGCUAGGGGGCAGCAAACAAAGUGCUUUUCACGCGCAGGAUAUCAUCAUUGGGCAGAAGAAAGUCAAGCUGAGAACAGAUGUGGCUGAGAUAACAAACGUUAACAUCUGGAGUUCAGCACUGACCGCAAGGGACCUACAGAGAUUCAUGAAGCAGUCAAGAGGGGGCGAUAUCAUUGGCUGGCGCUCAUUAGUUUUCAAAUCCGACCAUGCCGUCACCAUAGAGCAACCAAGAUGUUCGACAAAGGACAAGUUGUCAAAUAUUUUCCCACCCAAAUAAAAAUUUAAUUAAAUAUUGAUGAGCUAUCUUUGGGAUCGCUCAUUUAUAGAAGGUGGAGGUCGAAAUCCUGCCACCGAUCAGC